GCCCCCGCGUGCCUGUCGGGUAGUCUAGAACAGGACCUUCUACGCUUUUCACGUACGCUUAAAUUCGUUGCAAUAUACGUCUUUCCGUUUAUCUUUUAACGUGGUUCUUCGGCAAGUUUUUGAAGCUGGUUUGGCGAGAGAAGAUGUAGAACAGAUGACGUGAAGCAAAAACACAACCCAUACUGAAAAUGGAUAAAUACGAGCACGUGAUGCUUGUCGGGGAAGGAAGCUACGGGGUGGUCAUGAAAUGCCGCCAUAAGGAACUCGACCAAAUGGUGGCCAUAAAAAAAUUUCUGGAAACCGAGGAAGACGCCACCAUAAGAAAGAUGGCGUUGCGGGAGAUCAGGAUGUUGAGGAGACUGAGACACGAGAAUCUAGUGGCCAUCAUCGAAGUUUUCAGGUACAGGAAGCGUUUCUAUUUGGUGUUCGAAUAUCUGAACGGUACCAUCCUGGACGAGCUGGAAAAGAUGGGAGGCGGUCUGGGCGAGGAACAGUGCAGGGAGAGGCUGUAUCAGAUCAUCAGAGCCAUAAGUUACUGUCAUUCGAAUCAGAUCAUCCACAGGGACGUGAAACCGGAGAACGUGCUGGUAUCGACGAAUGGCGUCGUCAAAUUGUGCGAUUUUGGCUUCGCCCGACUGGCGACCAAUACCAACGAACCUCUGACGGAUUACGUGGCAACAAGAUGGUACAGAGCCCCGGAACUGCUGGUUGGAGAUCAGAGCUACGGCACCGGGGUCGAUAUUUGGGCUAUAGGCUGCCUCUUCGCGGAAAUGAUGACCGGGGAACCCCUCCUUCCAGGGGAGAGCGACAUCGAUCAGCUGUUUCUGAUCGUUAAGAUGAUAGGUAAACCUUGUCCAAAACAUCUCCAAUUGAUGAGCAAGAGUUCGGCGUUGCGUGAAAUCAAGGCCGCCAGUCCCCAGUCCAGCAACAGCCUUCACAGGAACUUCGAAGACUGGCCCACGAACACUCUGGAUAUCCUCGCGUCCUGUCUGAAGAUGGACCCGAGCCUUAGGGCCACCUCUGAGGAGCUCCUAAGACACAGCUACUUCACCCACGAUAAUUUUCCCCAGAUCUUCUUACCAGCCUUGAGGGAGAAGGUGCUUAUGGAGUACAACAGCAACCCUCUACUGAGGAAGGUGAAGGCUGAAAUAUUGUAUUCUACCGAUCGUCACGAGGAGCAGAGGGUCAGGAAGCCUUCGUCUAACGAGCCUUGCAAGUGGAAGUUUCAUUUCGGCGCUGGAGAUUCUCUAGGUCCAACCAAGAGGAAACAGCACGACACAUACGAAAACAUGACUGACAGGAGCCAGAGGUCUAACCACAGGACCACGCCGAAAGUGUCACUCAACAAAUUGAAGGAAAAAAACGCGUCAAAAUCGCAAUACAGCUUGGACUUUCAAAAUGGUAACAACACAGCAGAAAUGUACAUGCUUGAAAAGUCCCUAGAAUCCCUGGCUAGGCUCAGUCAGAAAUACGACUACAGCAGGUCAGAUUCUCCAUUGAAGGAGCUGUCCAACGACAACAAAACCAACACCAAUGACCAUCACACCACCCAGAACCAACUGGGACAUAGUUUGAACCAUAAAGAUCAGCUUAUAACCAAAAAAUCCCCGCUGUACCCAACCAAGUCAACAAUCAGUCAGUUAUCCCUAACUGGUUUCAGCAGCAAGAGCCAACUGUUCAAGAAAGAUCAACAACCGAACUUCGCAUCCACCACUUGGGUGGACGGCGAGGGUAGAAGAACCCACAGGAGAGGAUCCAGAGGAGAUUUUACCCUACCAAACUUACCCGGAGCCACGGUCACGCCGAACAAAACGAAGAAGAAGAAUUUUCAAGAGGCCGACUCCCUUCAAUCGGACACCGUAACGCCCGCGUACAGGUAUUCGAAGGCCAAGAGAAGAUACAACGGUUCGACGAAAGUGGCUGAUGGAUUUCGUUACGAUAAUGUUUAGGACUAACGUAUUGACUUUUAUUUAUGUGCAUCUACCAAUAAAAAGUAUAUUUUU